AGAGAUCAGAGUUCGUGUUGUAGAGAUCUAAUAACCCCCUCUGUAACAGUGACCUAAUUGUCUCCUCUAGAAACCAUGAGCCAUGAUAAGCUAAUUAAGUACCGCCGAAUAAGCCCAGCUCCAUUCCCAUCGACAUUGCCACCGCCAAUUUCAAUUCCAGUUGAAACUGUGAGCAGAAAUAUCUUGAGGGAUAAAAUAGGUGUCUUCUGGGACAUCGUGGAUUGUCCCAUUCCUGACGGUCACGAUCCUUUUUCGGUUUAUGAGACUAUAACAUCAGUUAUGGCGGGUGAGGGUUAUAGAGAUGAGACCAUGGAAAUAAGGGUUUAUGGUGGGAAGAAGGAUGAGAUACCGGGAAAAUUGCGAUAUGAUUAUCUUGCUGCCGGAGUCUUCUACCAACCCGAAGUUUCAGGGGGUACAUGUGGGAGAGUUAAUCAAAUGUCGAGGGACAUUCUUAUCUGGACGAUAGACCAUCCUGAACCUUCAAAUGUGAUGGUAAUCGGGGAAAAAGUCUCAGAAGACAAGAAGUUCCGCAGAGUUCUCGAAGCUUUGAAAUCUAGACAUCACAAUAUUUUUUUCAUAUGCCCUAAUACGCACUCGUUAGAAUUGAUUCGUCCUUUUGUACUCAAAAUAAGGCAGUGGGGAGAACUAUUUGAUGGACGAAAACCAAUCGACCAAGCGGAGCAUAGCUGAUACUGAUUCGAAGGUGUAGCGGAAGGACACGACUAGGGAAGUAGCCCUUGCAAAACCCAAGGAUCACUUGUAAAUGAUCAUCCUUUGUUCUGUCUUUCAAUUAUGUGAAACCUUUGGGUUUGUGUUUUUAAAAAAUCAACACUUCAUCUUGUUCUGAUAAACUUUGUUGGGUUAAGAACUGCUCAGUCGUAAUUAUUGUUGUACAUCGACUUUUUAAGGACGAUAACC